AUGAAUCUUCAUUUGACUAAUCUAUGGAUUUUCUAUUAUCCAAUUUAUCUUUUGGGAGUGUACUACUCUUCUGUUAUUGCUUUCUGGGUCACAUUAGUAAUGGGAUUCAUAGGUUCAGAAUGGAUCACACUAUAUCAGACCAACUAUACCAAAUAUUUUGAUAUGAUCAUCACAAACUUCUUAGCUUGA